CUUCUUUGACUAUCGCUAGUACUAUACUGGCUGAUAGUACAGAAGAGGAGGGAGGAGGAGGAGGAGGAGAAGAAGAAGAAGAAGACAAAAGUAAACAAGAAGAAGAAGAAGAAGAAGGAAGAGAAGAAGGAUCUGAAGAGACAGAUGGAGACAAGAACACAGGAGGAAGAGGAGGAAGGAGGAGGAGAAGAGGAAGAGGAGGAAGAGGAGGAGGAAACAUCACCCACAUAUUUUUCUCCACCAAUAGAAGACAGGGAAAAUGAGGAGGUGGAAAAGGACUCGUACAUCAAUUCUCAGGGCGUCACCUUUACAGCGGAGGAGUGGAGGGGGGUGGAGGGGCCCAAGGGAUCGGACAGACGUACAGACACCAUCCAGAUCCACCCGUACGGUCUACCAUGCGUCCGGGAGCUCACAAGGUUUUUAAUUUCACUCACCUCGAUGGAUUCCGGACAGAACACGCCGAAUAUGAUAAUGGUCGGACUAAAACUGCUAACUGUCGGAUUGGAGGUGUCCGUCGACCACAUCGGAUCGUCAGCCGGACUCGUGGGCCUCCUCCGUGAUCAGCUCUGCCGGAACCUGCUGCAGUUGAUCGACGUAAAGAGCGGAAAAGUCAAAUUGCAAGUUUACAUUUGUGCCCUUCGAGUCUGCGGCAUCUUGUGCGAGUCGUUCCGCCCUUUCAUCAAGUUUCAAGUGGAGCGGAUUGUCGAGCGGCUGAUCGAGACCGUGUCGGCGGACAGCGGCUUCGUCACCUACCAGCACCGCGAGUUGGCCCUUCAAACGCUCGUCAGUUUGUGGAAAAUUGACGGUUUUGUGACGGAAACUUUCGUAAACUAUGACUGUGAUCUUUACUCUGUUAAUCUGUUGGAAGAAUCGAUCAAGACUCUAUCGAAGCAGGUGUUUCCGCUGCAGGGUCAGUUUCCGAGCAAUCUCCUGUGUCUGGACGCCCUCAUUGGCCUGCUGGCGGAGAUCGACGAGCGUGGCCGCCGACAGGAGGCAGGGAGAGACGACAGCGGCGAUGACUGUCAGAAAGAGAUGGAUUCACUUGACGAGUGUGUGUGUACGUGCGUUCGGCCGCCAAAGCUCCUCAUCCGCUCGAGAUUGACUGACGGGACGCAGCUGAGAGUCGACGAGCUGGCCAGGCGGAAGAAGCGCAAGGGUGUUAUUGCCCACGGGACGGACCUUUUCAACCACGUCAAGCCGGAGAAGGCUAUUGCUUAUUUGUCGGAAAACGGAGCGAUUGGGAAGGGAACGGUUGACGAGAUAGCAGACUUCCUGCGUUCCAAUCCAUCUCUGUGCAAGAAGCAGGUCGGGAACUACCUGUCCGCCAAGAAGAACGUGGAUAUUCUCUCCGCUUACGUGAAGACCUUCAAUUUCAGCGGAUUACGGAUUGACGAAGCCCUGCGGACCUUCCUGGAGACCUUCCGCCUGCCAGGGGAAGCUCCGCUCAUCUCCUUGAUAAUGGAGCACUUUUCCGCCAGCUGGUACGAGGCUAACGGAAGGCCAUUCCAAUCAGCGGACGGGGCGUUCACUCUCUCCUACGCCAUCAUCAUCCUCAACGUCGACCAGCACAACCCGAACGCUCGGAAGCAAAAUCCGUCAAUGACCCUCGAUCAAUUUCGGGUCAAUUUACGCGGAGUUGACAGCGGAAACGACUUCGACCAGGAGAUGUUGGCGGAGAUCUACCAUGCCGUACGCGCGGAAGAGUUCAUCCUUCCGUCGGAGCAGAAGGGAGCUGUCCGCGACGACUACCUCUGGCGGAAGACCCUCAACCGAGCGGAGAUUGACGAAACGGGGUACCUCCUCGCAAACGGAACGGCAGAGAUGGACAGGGACAUCUUUCAACUCGCCUGGGGGCCUUCCGUCGCUGCCCUGUCCUACGUGUUCGACAAGACAGCAGAUGAGACAACCGUUCGGAAAAUUCUAAGAGGCUACCAGCUCAUCGCGUCAAUCUCCGCUCGGUUUUGCAUGACAGACGUGUUCGACAACUUGAUAGUGACCCUCUGCAAGUUCACCGGGUUGACGCUGUCCGCCGACCAGCCAGAACUGACUGCAAUCAACUUCGGUGGCAAUCGGAAGGCACAGUUGGCGGCAAGGGAACUGUUCGAUUUAAUAAUAGAUUACGGAGACUCGAUGAGGGAUGGAUGGCGAAAUGUUAUUGAGGUUCUUGUGGCUCUCUUCCGCUGCAGGCUCCUCCCGGCUGCACUGACGGACGCAGUGGAUUACCUCGACCCCAGCGGAAAGAUAACACUACUGCCUACUACUAUCCAGACCACACCAGUGAGGGCUGAGAAUAGUUUACUAUCCUCACUGUACUCCUACAUAGCCCUCGUGGAACCAGCACAGACGCGCACACACACGCACACAGAUUCGGAAGCCAUCAUGAACGCGUGUGUGUGUGUACGCGAGUGCCGCCCGGAGAGACUAGUGACAGAGAGUGUGUACCUGCGGACGCACACACUUACGGAGGUCCUGCGCGCGUUUUUGGACUACACACACAUGGACGGCUCCGACGCGCACAUGGACGCACACACAGACGCACACAGACACACAGACGUACACACGCAGGCCUUUCUACUGGAGGUGACGACUAAUUUACUAUCGGCAAACAAGGAUCGCGCGCACAGACUAUUCUCCUGUGUACGCGAACCUAUGUAUGCAAUAUUUACGCGCACACAAGCUUCCUCGGAGACUAUUUUCGCCUUUGAGCGUGUGUGCGUGUGUGUGUUGCGACUAUCCCAGGUACUAUUGCGACGGGAGUGGUCAGAAUGGUCGAACUUGGAGGGUCUGCGAUGGCUGCUGACUAUCCGACCCAAACUGAUGCGAAUAGUCGCCAACCAGGUUCUCCACGGCCUUAAGGAGGUCCUGACUGCCAACAUAGAAAACAUCAAAUCCCUGGAAGACUGGAAGACUAUUUUUGCGAUAGUAUGCUAUGCUGGAGCUGGGGUGAAGCCAGAAGGAGGAGGAGGAGGAGGAGGAGGGGGAGGUGGAGGAGGAGGAGGAGGAAGAGGAGGAGGUACCUCCCCAUCCAGCGACAGUGAUGGAACAGUUGACUCAGGGUUAGGAACAGAAGAACAACCACAACUACCACAACUACAACCACCACAACUACCAGCAGAGGAGGCAAAUGUUGGUAGCAGCAGUAGUAGUGUGAGCUCCCCGAAUGGUCUACUAUCAAGAACUGAGAGCCCUGAUAGUAGUAAUGGCGGUUGGAUUUUGGUUAGCCCAGGUGGUGAAGUGGAGUCAACACCACAACAACCACAACCACAACUACCACCACCACCACCACAACCCUGGGGACUACUACCAUCUCAAAUAGUCAUGACCAGACACAGACCCAAGGCACUGAUGGCAGCUACUAUCCUGCUGUGUGGACUAUCCAAGGACUAUCGGAGCCCAGAAGCCUUGGGGUCUGCGGCGAAUUGUGGUAGAAUGUUAAUUGAAGCGGCUUUGCAUGCAGGCUUCAUCAACCAGCAACUAUCCGAGACUAGAUUUAACCACAACAACCACAACAACCACAAUCAACCGCAAUCAAGGAGGAGGAGGAAUGAGAAGAAGAAGAAGAAGACUAGCGAUGAUGAGUGUGGUAGCGAUUGUGGUAGUGAUUGUGGUGGCAGCAGUGGUGGUAGCAGUGGUGGUAGUGAUGGUGGUGGUCAUAAUCAUCAUCAUCAGCUUCUCUACCAGCAGGUGUCAGAGAAGCUCCUGGACUUGAUGGGAGCCCUCCACACGUCUGCUGGCCAAUUUGCAAGCAACCAAAAUACUACUACUACUACUACUACUACUACUACUACUACUACUACUACUACUACUAUCGAUAUGUGGAGUAUAGUUAUCUGUCCGCUCCUACAAGGCAUAGCAAGAUUCUGUUGUGACUGCCGGCCUAGUGUGAGAGGACAGGCCCUAACCAGCCUGCAACGCGCACUAUUGGCCCACGAUCUGGUGGUACUAUCUGCUAGCCAAUGGGAGGCCCUCUUUCAUAGUAUACUAUUUCCUCUUCUAUCAGGCCUAAUACAACCACCAUUACUACCACAAUUGCCACCAGAUGCCCCUAGGCCUACCUUCGCCCCAGGCCCAUUGGAGGAAGCUAGACUCCGAGCUGCGACACUGGUCACUAAGGUGUAUCUUCGCCACCUGUCCCCCCUGCUGACUCUACCAACAUUCACCGCACUGUGGCUAACAAUUCUGGAGUUUUUGGAUAAAUAUCUUGCACUGAGUUCCGACCACCUGAGAGAAGCAGUUCCAGAAAUGCUGAAGAAUAUGUUACUUGUGAUGGAGACAACGAGAGUCUUUCACACAGCAGAAGGCUUUACGAAAUUGUGGUCUAUUACGUGGGACAGGAUAGACGCGUUUCUGCCGUCACUAAGGCAUAACGUCUUUCGCUCCCAUCCGCCCUCUGAGAUUCACACAUGGGACACAACAACAACAACAACAACUUGUCCUGCUACUACCACCACCACUACCACUGCUGCCAUGGCUACUACUACUACAACUACUACUACUGAUACUACUACUGUUGCUGCUCCUACUCCUCCUACUGCUAAGGUGGAGGAAAGAGAGGAGGAACAAGAAAACCACUUUGCCCCUCUGACACUCCGUGAGCAGAACGCCGCAAGGUUGUCACUGAGCCAAGAAAAUCUGCCAGAAAUAAUUGAAAACACAAGUAUAAUUCUACAACCACCACUGCCACCAGGAGGAAUUAGCCAAUCAGCUGCAAGGACUCCAGAGGGGGGGAUAGCAGCCAGCCAAUCAGCGGCCAGCAUUCCACAGGCCGGCCAAUCAGCGCUGCCCAUCAUUCUGCAAAGUCUGCCUGUGUUCACGGACAAACCAAGUUAAAGGAAUCAAGAUUAUUAUUAUUAUUAUUAUUAUUAUUAUUAUUAUUAUUAUUAUUAUUAUUAUUAUUAUUAUUGUUAUUGUAGUGUUGUAUGUAAUUAUGAAGCAAAAUUAAAUACAGAUUAUAUAUAUUGUUACUACUACUACUACUACUACUACUACUACUACUACUACUACUACUACUACUACCUACUUUGUAUAUUAUUAUUAUUAUUAUUAUUAUUUAUUUGUCAUUCUCUCUCUCUCUCUCUCUCUCUCUCUCUCUCUCUCUCUCUCUCUCUCUCUCUCUCUCUCUCUCUCUCUCUCUCUUUGUGUAAUUGUUGUAAUUCAUGUGAUUAUAUUAAAGAAAAAAUGUAA